CUGUGAUUGAACUCCGGGCCACGGUAUAAAUGGUGGGGAUGUUCCACACUUCACUUCCAUGUGAGCUCUUCCUUUUUCUUCUGUCUCCUACCUGUAUCUCUCUCUCUCUCUCUCUUUCAUUUCCUUCUCUGCGAGAGUCAAAAGAGUGGAGACCAGAGCUUGAAACGAAAUUCUAUAGAUGACCUUACGUUUCCUCUCGACCCAAGUAAGCAGCAAGCGAGAUCGAAGCUCUAUUCCACUCUCUGCAACUCCAAUGGCGGAUCUUCGUUCACAAAAAAAGUUCGUUUUUACUGCUCGCUUUUCCUUUUUAACUCGUUGUUGACUGCCAUAAACAGUGGCAGCUGCAAAUCAUUACUUAUACCCCUGUGUCGGAAUAAAGUUAGGGUUUCUGAAGUGGGUUUUGUGCUUGUAUGCCUUCUUGUUAGAGUUGAUUUGAUGAUGGGAAGAGGAAAUAUCAAUAUCUAGGGUUUCUGAUUCAGGAGGCGAGCUGGUAUUGGUAGAUUCGGAUGAUAGGUUCGGGGGAGUUAUUGGAAGGUUUUCGAUUUUGGAUGAUCGGGAGGGACUGGAUGAGGGAGUGGGGAGUGGAAUGUGCUGAGAAAUGAGGUUUGUGGUGUAUGAGAAAUGGGGUGUGUACUUGGUAGAGAGGUUUCGUCUCCCCCGGCUUCUGAGGUAAAGGAGAAGGGGAGGGGGAAGGAGAAGGAAAGGAAUCUCUCUGUCUCGUCGGGGAGGAAGUCACAGGCGGUGGUGACUAAGAACGAGAGUGCUGAGGUUCAGAAUGUGGGAGACCAGAAAGAGGAGAAGCAGGAUGGGGGUCAACGCCCAAGAGGUGAGAGGAGAAGAUGCAGGCCGAAUCCGAGGCUGAGUAACCCACCCAAUCAUGUGCAGGGAGAGCAGAUCGCUGCUGGAUGGCCAUCUUGGCUCUCCGCCGUUGCCGGUGAGGCGAUCAAGGGAUGGACUCCUAGGCGGGCAGACACUUUUGAAAAGCUGGACAAGAUUGGUCAAGGAACUUAUAGCAAUGUAUACAAGGCUAGAGAUACUUUGACGGGGAAAAUUGUUGCUCUGAAGAAAGUCCGGUUUGAUAACUUGGAGCCAGAAAGUGUAAAAUUCAUGGCAAGAGAGAUUCUCAUCUUGCGUCGGUUGGAUCAUCCCAAUGUUGUAAAGUUGCAGGGUUUGGUAACUUCAAGGAUGUCAUGUAGCUUGUACCUUGUAUUUGAAUACAUGGAGCAUGAUUUGGCCGGACUCGCUGCAAGCCCUGACAUUAAAUUUACAGAACCCCAGGUGAAAUGCUAUAUGCAUCAACUAUUGUCAGGACUUGAGCACUGUCACAACCGAGGUGUAUUGCACCGUGACAUAAAGGGGUCUAAUCUCCUUCUAGAUAAUGGAGGAGUACUCAAGAUCGCUGAUUUUGGGUUAGCUUCCUUCUUCGAUCCCAACCACAAGCAGCCCAUGACCAGUCGCGUGGUCACUCUAUGGUAUCGGCCCCCAGAGCUUCUUCUAGGAGCUACUGACUAUGGCGUAGGCGUGGACAUCUGGAGUGCAGGCUGCAUUCUAGCUGAGUUAUUGGCCGGGAAGCCUAUCUUGCCUGGGCGCACAGAGGUGGAACAACUGCAUAAAAUCUUCAAGUUAUGUGGCUCCCCUUCCGAGGAUUAUUGGAAAAAAGCAAAGUUGCCUCAUGCAACCAUUUUUAAGCCCCAACAAACAUACAAACGGUGUAUAGCAGAGACAUUUAAAGACUUCCCACCAUCAUCAUUACCACUUAUUGAAACUCUUCUUGCAAUUGACCCAGCUGAACGCAAGACUGCCACAGAUGCAUUGAGGAGCGAAUUCUUCACAACCAAGCCUUAUGCCUGUGAACCUUCAAGCCUCCCGCAAUAUCCUCCAAGCAAGGAGAUGGAUGCUAAGCUACGGGAUGAAGAAGCUAGAAGGCUGAGAGCUGCUAGCAAAGCCAAUGGUGAUGGUGUGAAGAAAACCCGUGCUCGUGAUCGAGCUGUCAGGGCAUUUCCUGCUCCAGAGGCCAAUGCUGAGCUUCAAACCAAUCUUGAUAGGAGGCGUCUAAUUACACAUGCAAAUGCAAAGAGCAAGAGCGAGAAGUUUCCUCCACCACACCAGGAUGGAGCCCUUGGCUUUCCCUUGGGUGAUUAUGAUGGUCCUACUUUUGAUCCCCCCGAUGUCCCAUUCAGUUCCACAGCAUUCACACAUUCAAAAGGGCCGGUCCAGACAUGGUCAGGUCCAUUGGUGGAGCCAGCUGCUGUAGGUGCUCCAAGACGGAAGAAGCAGGGUGGUGGUGGUGGUGCUCGUAUCAGCAAGGGUAAGGAAGGGAUUGCAUAAAUUUCCAGUCUUUGCACAUUUAUUCGAUAUAAAGUAUUCUCAAGUGCCGCUCCUGAGAGUGAGGAUGAAUGCUUAUUACAUAUGUUAAGACACCAAAGUGUCUUCGGCAGAUGAUGCAGAGUGAUGUCCUUCUAUAUUUUUUCUUCCUUUCUUUUCCAUUCUUUUUUCCCUUUCUUAAUUUUUAUUUUUAUUGGGUGGUGGUGGUUCGGGGGGGGGGGGGUUCAAUGAUGGGUCAGGGGUAAAGCUUUCAUUAAUAUGUAUAUCUUGAUUAAAUGACAACUUUGUUUUGAAAACUGUACUGGAUCAAGUGGCUAGGUUAGUGAAAAUCUGUAAUAAACAAGUCAUGGGUUCCAGUCAUGUUCUGUUCAGAUGAUGUUGUAAUCUUGUUAGGGACUCCAAUCGUAAAUUCGUAAUUGAAUUACUAUUUUUGGUGUUGAUAA